AUGGCUGACAGAAGCUACGUGUACGAGCCGGUCUCCACCGAAGCGCCAGUCAAGACGCAAGCGCACAGCAUGGAGCAGGGCCAAUUGUGGAGACAGUACAUCAUAGCCGGCGUGGCGAACAUCGCCACCAUUGCUCUGGGUUUUGCUUUGGGAUGGACUUCGCCGGUGAACUUGAAGCUCUUAGAUCCUAACGACACACCCUUGUCGCGACCCGUCACCAACGACGAAAUAUCAUGGAUCGGAUCCCUUCUCUCCGUCGGAGCUAUGUUCGGUCCAUUCAUCGGAGGUUUCCUGGCUUCAAAAAUCGGUCGUCGAUGGAGUAUUCUUCUGUCAUCUGUUCCACUCAUAGUCGGUUUUGUUUUGGUGGUGGCCGUUCAAAAUGUUGCAAUGAUUUACGCCGGCAGAGUGUUCUGGGGUCUGGCAGUCGGUAUGCUGUAUACGGUUUUGCCGAUGUACUGCGCCGAGAUCGCCACGGACGACACGCGCGGUGCCCUGGGAUCGUUCCUUCAGCUGUUCGUAGUGCUUGGCUUCCUGCUGGUGUACGGAGUGGGACCGUUCGUCCCCUAUUUCACGCUGCAGUAUGUCGGGAUAGCUGUAGUCGCGGUCUUCUGCGUGCUGUUCUUCUUCAUGCCUGAAACCCCGAUGUAUUAUUUGAACCAAGACGACGUAGACUCGGCUGCUAAAUGUCUGCAGAUCAUCAGAGGAAAAUCUCGCGCUGGUGUGCAGGCUGAGUUAGACAAGAUGGCCGCUGAAGUCAAAGCUGCAAACGAGAAAACUGCUAACUUAUCGGACGUGUUCCGCGGCGCCAACUUCAAGGCGUUCUACAUCUCGUGCGCCCUCGUGGCCGCCCAGCAGCUCUGCGGCAUCAACGCAGUGCUGUUCUACAUGGCGACCAUCUUCGAAACGGCUGGGGCCAGUCUGGACUCGGCCAUCGCGACAAUCAUUAUCGGUGCCGUGCAGGUCGGUGCUUCAGCAGUCACGCCCCUGGUGGUGGACCGACUCGGCCGCAGGAUGCUGCUCCUCAUCUCCUGCACCGGAACAACUAUUGGACUCGGACUCCUUGGCAUGUACUUUAUAUUGGACACCAAUGGCAAUCCAGUAGUUGACAGCAUGAGGUUCUUGCCUAUCCUAGCCCUAGUGCUGUUCAUCGUGACGUACUGCGUGGGUCUGGGUCCUCUGCCGUGGGCUAUCAUGGGAGAACUCUUCCCGAUUGAGGUGAAGGCGUUGGCUUCUCCGAUAGCCACUGCCUUCUGCUGGAUGCUGUCCUUCUUGGUCACUAGAUAUUUCAACCCGAUAGCUGAUGCAGUCGGUAUGGGCGUGGCGUUCCUCAUCUUCGGAGUUUGCUGUAUAAUAGCGUUCUUCUUCACAUUCUUCAUGGUGCCGGAGACGAAGGGCAAGAGCUUCCAGGAGAUCCAGGAAAUGCUGGCUGGGAAAACUUCGCCAUCGAAAUCCGAGAAGAUGUAAACCAGAUGAAGUUUCUGAAACUUACUUAUAAUUUUGGAAGCGCAACUUUCUUAGCUCAAUGUGUCUUAAUCAAUAAUUAAGUUAGUAUUUUAAAUGAUACUCUGAUUUAGAGAAAUACUAAUUUUUUGUAGUGAAACUUCUUUAGGCGCGUUGAGGGUAAACUUUACCUCGCGACAGAUUCGUUACGGCUAGAGAGAAAAGAUACAAUUUAAGAAGAGCGAGAGUGAGAAAAUAUACAAAGCGUCUCGCGAACCAUUCGACCUUAGAGAGAGGGAGAAAGCAAGCUAGGUCUUUCUUUUAUACAACUUCUGUUCGCGGGCGACGGCCACUAGAUGGCUUGUUGUUAACUUUUCAUUGUUCCUGUAGAUGGCAACUAACUAUCUUAUAUUUUAUUUUUAAAGAAGUAUUACAAAAAAUAUAAAUUAAAAUAUAUAUAAAUGAUGAAGAGAGAUGAGAAUCGUUUCUCUUAUA